AUGGAUUCACAUUUAGCCGCAGCCCUCAGUGCCAUUACCAAUAACAACAUUAUUACCUACGAUGAUUCUAAAUAUAGAUAUAGGAGGAGUAUUCAGUUAAAUCAAGAAGCACUUCAUCAAUCUCAUUUAGUCGGUGGGAUAGUGCCAACAACUCUUCGGAGAAUGCCCUCUAAAGCUACCCAACCAUUUAAAAAGAUUAUAUUUGUAAAGACUUUGAGCGAUAAAACCAUUACAAUUUCAAUUGAAAGUUUUAAUAUAACUGUUUACGAAUUAAAAUCGAUCAUUCAAGAUGAGGAAGGCAUUAAACCAGCUAAUCAACGAUUAAUCUAUGCUGGUAAUCAACUUUUAGAUGAAUUGAAGUUAUCAGUUUACAGAAUAACUUAUAACUCCACCUUGCAUUUAAUAUUAAGUGGUGCUAAUGAUGCACUAUUUAUCCAUCCAAAUCUUCUUGAUCCAUGA